UUGACGCAGAAAACAAAUGCAAAACUAGCUACACGCUCGGUUACCUCAUCACAUACAACGUAUCGAUCAGCUUCAGCUUCCGCUAGGCCUUUCCACAUGUAGUUUGUAGGGAGCUUCAACCUUACCAGAUUAUCACUUCACUUAUUUCUUAGGAUAUUGCCGAUCUUUGGAGCCUCAUGGAUACAUCCACUCAAAGAUGGCGAACCAAACACCAUUCUAUUUCUACGCCCCAACAUGGGACUUUCCACCCCCUCCUUCAGGUCCGAUUAAGCUUGGGAAUGUAAUAACGUCUAUCAAGACGCCUGAGCGGGCGUUGUUUACUGCUUCGUAUGUUGUUUACUUUUCGAUUCUCUACGCGCAUAACCAUAAAUUGGAAAUGAAAUCAACACAACAUCUCCAUGCAUGUACAUGAUGAGAUGAGAUGAAAUCUGCAUCUUAUGCUGGUACCCCGAUGGAAGCUUCUCUCUGGUUGGCAAAGCAUACUUGCUGAUUAAACAGCUAGACCUUCCCUCGCAUCCACAAUAUCCAGCACCAAAAUCUCCGUAACAUUCUCCAGGGAGAAACUGCACGCGGGGCAAUUCUCUACCGUAACAAAUUUCCUCUCCCUCCUCGGCCUAGAUAUCAUUUUUAUAAUUAGUUUUAUAAAAAGGUUUUAACGUUAUUAAAGUCAAAGGAGACAAAGGGGCAGCUAGCUUAUCUAACAAAGGCUGAUUAAUUUUGUAAGUGUCAAUUUGAGUAGUGUCUUUGGAAGACUCGUGUUUGUAUAGAAAAAAGGUGGUAAACAAAGGAAAUGCGGGACAGCGCUGAAUGCGGCUCAUUUCGCUGGUUAUAAAUUUGGGCCGCCUCGAUCCACAAUUGUAAUCCUUCAGCUUCAUCAUAACCUCCGAUAAUUAUCAACUCAGUGAACGUUUACAUGUACAACAAGGCGUGGGGUGUAUGAGAGAAAUCUGGUUUUUGCUUGGAUAUCAUAGCUCAUCGGCAAUAUAUUCUCGGUAUCUAAGAAGAGUAUGGCGACAGAUCAGCGUUCGACACAGGUCAGCGUUUCUGAUCUUGCUGAGCUCUGCAUGAUUUCGUUCCAGGAUUACCUCCAGCGAUCGGCUACUGUCCAUCCACGAGAGCUCUCCUUGAGUGAGGACCAACUUGCACGAUUCUCUCUAUGGGCCAACAAUAUCGGCGUGUUUACUCCAGGCGGAGGAUCAAUGGACCAUCGACUUAGAGAGGCCCCCGAGAUUAUCGAGAUCGUUAUAGGUCUUUUGGACGACCUGAACGACAGUAUCAAGAAUUGCUCGGCAGCACUGAGCGCCUGCAAGAGCCAUAAAGAGUACUUGGAUCGCGAUGAAUCAACUUCAUCUCCUACCGUUGAUCGAUCCCGUCAAGCUAUCGCUAAGGACAUAAGUCUUCUUUACCGACUCACAAAUACCAUUCGCAGGGCCAGUAAAGAGUCACAGAACCAAAAAGCAGCAGAAUCUUUCCAGAUCAAGGACGAUGAAGGAAACGAUGUCGAAGCAUGCUUACGACUGAUCUUCACCAAUUACGUUUUUGGACGAUUUCCCAGUAUCCAAGACAUUAUUUUGCAACGCCUCGCAGCUACCAUGGUUUUGCGACGAAAGAGAAUUCUCUAUCGAAGGUCACGAUACGGGGCCAAUCCGAUCAAAAUAAGAAGGUCAGCCUUACAGCCGGUAGUGACGCUGCCUGCAGUGGACCAGCAAAGCAAUUCUCCAGAAGUCUCGCUUGCAGUCCAUGAUCAGUCCCGAACUUCAAAACGGGACCAAAACACUGUCGAAUCGAAAGCCGUCAGUGCCACGACUUUGGCUGCCGAUGCCUUUAAAAAAGUGUCUGCCCCAUCCGUAAUCUCGGUCACAAAAACCGUUGCUCUUGGUAACCACGAAGAGCUCGUAUUUCCUCCAGCUCCGACGGGUCGUUUGAGGCAGAAGUAUAACAAACUCAAAAGACAACGACUUGAGGACCAUAAAACAUGCCAAACAUGCCAAGCCUCACAGUUUAUCCCCUGCCGGUACGUCAAAGAAGACGAGCUAAAAGAGCUCAUUGGGAGGUUGUUUGGAUUCGGCGACCACAUCCCUCAGCCUCAGUUGAGGCCGGGUAUGUGGAGCUUGUUUCUGCCGCGUCAUCUUACUCGGGAGGAAUUAGGGUCAAUUGGCGUAGAUGAAGGUAGCACAAAUGACAAAGAGAUUUCUGUCACUCGUGCAGGAACUCAAAAUGACAUCCAGCGCAUUACCCAUCAGAGAGCAACGAGCAACCCGGAUCGGUACCCCAGCCUCAUAAACCAUAUUGAGGAGAUGGAACAUAAACUGAAGCUCAAUCUCGAAAAGGAUUGGAUCUAUUGCUGCCAACUGAUUGACGAGAUCACAUGCCCUUUCUGCUUUCAUGCUCUCCCUAGUCUCGAUGUAGCUGACGACAAUAAAUGGAGAGCACACGUCAAAAAUGACCUCGACGCCUACGUCUGUCUAUUCGAGCAAUGCGAUCAGCCGGACAGCCUCUACAACAAUAGGGAAGGAUGGCUCCAGCACAUGCGUGAACAUGCUUUACGUUGGCGGUGUACCUCAAAAUCCCAUGGUGUUCUUAUUUUUGAUAUUAAGGACACAUACCUUGAACACAUGCGCAACAGCCACGGCUCCUACACUGAAGCCCAAAUUCGAGCGAUUGCCGAUAGAAACGCUCAGAUCAUUGGGCCUCUGUUCGAGUCUUGUCCACUCUGUAGCACCAUGGAGGUACCCGGUUCUAUGGAAGAUCAUGUUAUCAGCCACUUAAGGUCUCUCGCUCUGAAAUCUCUCCCGCCAUAUGACGACGAGGGUUCGGAUGGAUCCGCAAGUGGAAGAGACAGCUUGGCCACAUCACAGCCUCAGAGUCGAAGCACGAUCAAAGUGGACCCGGAUGGACAUGUGAGACCGUCUUUUGUCGAUAUCGGAGACAAUCCAAAAUACCUGGAUAAAAUGAAUCCAUUUCCCUCACAGUCUUUGGAUGUCAUUUACGGCGGGAGACCUUCAACCACAUAUCCAGAUAUAAUAUCUAUCCCGGAUGACCCCGCCAAGAAAAACGAAAUCGAAUAUUGGAGUUCGGACGACCAUUCAAGUCUGUUCAUUGACCCUGUAUUGCUUAAUUCCACCCCCAAGGUGAAUAGAAGAAGCUGGGAAUGGGGUGCGAUCACCGAGUCAUACGUCACAGCAACCACUUCCGACAAGGAUCCGAUCAUGCAGUCUAUUCAACGACAGAAGAUGCUUGCACACAAAAGCGUGAAUCCUGAAGAAGCAAGUCAGUCCGCGCAUAAGCCACUAAAGACAGCUUCGCUUGCUAGCGAAGACAGUUCCGAUCCAGGCCAUGGCAGAAGUAGAGGGAGCCCUGUAUCCAGUCUGAGCGGUGCGACUGCUGAGUCUGCGGUACCAAAGUAUAGAUGGGAAGAGGGUGAAGUAGCAGGCAUCCCGAAUCGUAAUGAACCAAAUUCGGAGGCUCAGACCUUCAAGCAUUCCAGCAAGCCUGACCCUAAGAGUCUCGCUGAGGGCCCCGAAUCAAAUACGGGGGGUACAUACUGCCCAGCCAGUAGUGAAGUACAUGAUAACGAACUAUUACGAUUGAAUCGUAAGGUUGCUCAAAAAUGGAUGCUCUCGUAACUGAUUCAUCCUCCAGGUACUGCAGUGAAUACCAACGCUUUCUUGUCUGGUGACUACUUCCAAUUGCUUCGGCAAAGCGACGAAAUGACCGAGACUCAGACCAUUCCAGAGACCGGAACUUCUUACUCUAAUCACGGAGAGAAGACCUUCACUCCCAAUUAUCUCUGAAAAUUCUUUGCGGAGGAGAAGGAACUCGGGAGGGGCGGUGGAGGGAUUGUUCUGCUCAUCAGGCAUGAGCUGGAUACUGUGAGCUUAGGUGAGGACAUUGGUGCGACUCCUGGGUAAAUUUUCAAGUCUGACCUGUUGCGAACUGGGUGGCAUAAGUCCAUGCGCUACAAGCUUGAAAACGUCGAAUAUGAGUUUUAACAGAGUCAGGAUAUCAAAUUCAAAUUUCUUAGUUAGAAGAACUCUUCUUUGACUAAGAAAGUUCAGUUGGUCACCAUGUAUUUUCUUUUAAACAUAUAUUAGUCGUGCUACAAAAACGCAAAGUAGAGGAUAUCAUGUUUGAAGCACAAUUCCUCACACAAGCGAGGAAGCUGUAGUGCACAGACUUAUGCCACUCAGUUCGUUAGAACUUUUCGCGUGCAAGAG